AACUGUCAAUCGAGUGAACAGGAUGGGGAAGGUCUGAGGGCAGCAAAAACACGUAAAGAUGUAACGAGAAGUUGUAAAAACAACUCUAAAAGUUAUCCAUGCCAUGUUUGGAGUUUACCACGGCAUGUGUUAAUAACCCAGAGAAAAGCAGCAGCUUGGGGCAGUGUGUAUUUUUCCCUGCGAUAAGAGUAACUAGACAUCGUCGGAAGAUGUCAGCUCCCAGUAACUCCCUUCAGCAGCCGAGGGUGAGGCGCAGUAAUGCAGGCUCUCCGGGCUCGUUCAGCCAGAGCAGCAGCAGCAGCCGCCUCCAUCCCAUCCGCGCAACCGUGCCCUACCAGCUCCUGCGUGGGGGUCCGAGCAGUCCCACACGGCCGCAAACCCUGCACGGAGGGGCAACGGCCAGCCGGGUCUCAAGCCCCCCAUCCAGUCCUCCGCUCAGUUCAGGAAGUACCAACGCAAAGCAAAUAAUAUCCCCUGAAAAUAAGGAGGCUUCAUGUCCCCCAGACUCUCCAGUUUCCAAAGCAGAAAGAUCCAAGCUUCAAGUGCGGAGUUCUAGUGCCAUACGAAGAGCGUCUUCCUUGGACGCCAUCACAGGACCUUACCUCACUGGCCAGUGGCCUCGGGACUCUCACACACCCUACCCUUCCUGUAUGAAAGACAAAGCCACCCAGACUCCAGGUCUCUGGACUGAUGAGGCAGCUGAACUGGGAAGUCCUCACCAGCGGUCCGCCUCUUGGGGGAGCGCAGAUCAUCUGAAAGAGCAGAUUGCUAAACUGAGACUGCAGCUGCAGCGCGGCAAACAGGUCACCCGGCAGAGCAAAGACAGGGAGCAGAGCUCGCUGCAGCUGCCACAACCGGCACAGCACAGUGCUGCAUGCCAAUCACAGUACAAGGGAACUUCAUCAACUCUAACGUCAACCCCGGUGCACAAGUCGCUCAUAUGCAGAGUGCCGAGCAGCGUGGAGGGGAUCAACCAUGAGCUGGAAAACGUAUUCAUAAGAGACGACUGGGAGCCUGGCUUGCAGGCCAUGGAGGCGGUGGAUGGCCGCCGCCCCCCCUUUCCCCCGCACCGCUAUAGCAGCAGUAACGGUGAUACACGUGACACAGACACUCAGGCCCCGUCAAGUGGUGAAUCAAGCCCAUCUCCCCUGCCCUGCAGCUCUGACCUCCUUCACUCCCCUGAUGGAAGUCCCUGCUCCACUGAGGAAACAGAUAAAGACAACGGAUGCAGUUCUCCUCUCCCCAAAUUCGCCACGUCGCCCAAACCAAACAACAGCUACAUGUUUAAACGGGAACCACCAGAGGGAUGUGAGCGGGUCAAAGUGUUUGAUGAACUGGUCUCUGGCAAAUCAAAAGGCUUCCCUCUGUUCUCAUGUCCCGACAAAAACAAGGUGAACUUCAUUCCCAGGGGCUCUGCCUUCUGCCCCGUCAAACUCCUCUGCUCCUCGCUGUUCUCCCCCAUCAGCCCCAGUUUUCAUGUCAGCAGCGGCCACGCAACUCAGGUGACCCCAUCUCAGCCCACGGGGCCAGGAGCAUUUUUGUCCUCCCCAGAAAGGAGCGUCGACCUGAGUGUUAGCCUGAGGUCAAGUGUAGGCACAGGCGGCCAGAGCGCUGACGCAGGAGACGGCUCAGCGCAUGUAGUCCUCACCAGCUGGUCCUCAGGUAUUCAUGACCAAACCACAUACAAAUAAAACAUUGCAACUAGCCUGGUAGUUUGGAAUGGGAAAAAAAAAGGAAGAAAAAAAAAAAAACAACACAAAAAAAAAAAUCACACUGAUAAUCCUAACCUUAGCCAGUAGGGGGUGCCCACGGCUCUGGAAAUCACAAGCGCCCUUUGAAAAGAGUAUCAGCGUCCUGCUGCAUGAAACUUCCUGUUAGGAUUGUUGUUUGAUGUUUUAGGAUUAAUACUCGAUGUUUGGGCAUUGUUGCUGACCUUGGUCAUCAGCCUCUCUCCUCCCAUCCCUAACUAACCUCCUCCUCUCCAUCCCUUCUUAUCCAUCAUCACAUAUAGCAGAAAAUCUUUUGCUUAUUCUGCAACAAAUAGAACUAAAUAAUUAAAUUAUAUGUAGCGUUGGCAAUUUUAUGAAGAUAAAAAUAAAUAAAAAAAUCCAAAAUUGUAACCUUGCAAUAUCAGCUAAAACUGCAUCGUGUUCAUGUUAUCCAGCUAGCUUAUUAGCUGUUCAGUGUUGAAGCUAAUACACAUAUGGGAAUUCUUAUACUUUACCAAACUGUGGCUGUUAGGUUACAGGGCGUUUUCUUUUGCUCACAUGUAUGUUUGAACGUACUUGUUGCAUGUUGGUAAGAAGAAAGCAGCAGUACUUGUAUGUAGUUGUCCAUCAACGGGUUUUUUAGGGCCAGGCCUAAACAUGUACACCUAGUGUUAUUACCAGCAUAACCGGAUGAGCCGAGCACAAAAUGCAAAUACGAGCUGUUUAAUCAGUGGCCAGGAAACCAACCACAAACAAAUGACUUUCUGAUUCCCUUUUUUAUUGGCCUUCCCAGUGUAAAGCAAUAACUCAGGUCAGUUAGAAAGUAAACGGUGUGACUGCAUUACCAAUACCCAGUUUAUCUAUUUAUAGGAAUAUUUUGUAAUUCCCUUUAUUUUUUAUUUUAUUUUAUUUUGUUUACUUCCAGGAAUGGAAGGUUCAUUAAAACUGAGUUGUUUUUUUGUCAGAUUUUUGACAUUAAACCUGUUCAGGUUGAGCUUAAGGUGCCUACGACACAUUCCAGGUUUGCUCUAAUGCAAACCCACUUAGCUGCAUAAGCUACUUUAACCUUCAUUUGAAUUGAGAAUUUUCUAAUAAUGUAGCAAUGCUAUUCCACGUGUACCAAAGCAAAAUACAAAAGGGCACAAAGACACAGUCACAUUCGGGAUGUCAGGGCAAUUUUCUGUGCCUCAAUGUUUGUGUUUUUUUUUUAUUUUUUUUACUUCAAGGAACUUAGUGACGAAAGAGGCUCUGGGUUAAUUUACCACCUUCAGAAUCUGUUUGCCCAUUUUAUACCCCUUAAUACUAUUGAAUACCAAUGUAUUUAGAGAGAGAUCCUAUUUUUAACAGCUAUUUUUUCAGCUGUGUUCAGACUUAAAGCUUAUAAUAGUUGUAUAUUUAGUUCAACAGUCAAAGUGAGUGGCAGGAUAAUUACAAAAUCUGAAAGAAGAACAAAAGAGAGCCUAAAUAGUUUGGAAAGCCAAACUCUGGUGGCAGUACGUUACAUAUUGUCCACUUAAACAAAAAGAAGCAAUGGCAGAGUUUUUAGUUUGGAUGCAUAAAGCUUUAUAAAGCAAUUUUUUUUAAGUCACUCCUUUAAAUUGACAUUUGAUCCCUGAUCAAAUCAUAAAAAACUAAGGGACCUUCUGCCAGUAGAUGCAACUUAUCAGAGUCACUUUAACACAUUUCCCUAUAUAUAAGGAAAACUUUAAAUUCCAGGUUGUUGGAAGCGGGUUUGAGCAGGCUGCUCCCUUUAAACUUUCCAAAAUACUACAACAGAGCAACCCAUUAAACGGGUUAAACAAUCUGUGCUCAACCCAUAAACAUUU